AUGAAUUCUACCACGGUAUCAAUUGAAGUUGGAUGCGAAGAAGUAGAAAUAAAGCUGAUUACGAGUGCUGUGUUCCUCACAAACGCUGCAACAGGGAACUUAUACGGUUGUGUGCAGUGCAUGCUUAGCGCUCUUCAAUAUAUUUUGUCUUUCAAGCACAAGAGGCUUGACAGUGAAAGCUAUAAAAAUGUGAUCUCGAUAUGA